UUUAGUAACGAAUCACACAGUCGCAAUUACAUUGAGCUCUAAUUGCGCAUCAAAGCUCCGGCUUUGUCGAUAAGUGUCAUUAGAUUGUUCACGUUGUGCUCAAGUGGAUUUAUCUCGUAAAGAUGAUUAAAUUAACCGUGAUAUUGUUUAUUUCCGAGGUAUUGGUUUACUCGGGUAUCAAUGGGGGAGGUGUGUUCCAUUAUGGUCCAGAUGAACGCACUAUUUAUGGAUGGCGGGUAAUUUUGUCAGAGAAUGGGACAGUGAACAAGUAUUGCAAUGGAUUGUUCAUUGGACCACAAGUUUUUCUUACUUAUGCUGCAUGUGUUGAGAACCUUCGAGCUAAUGAAUCCAUCUCUAUUGAGAAUACUAUAUAUCAGUCUCAAACUCUAAGAACACGUCUAACAGUCAAACAUGAGAAUAUUUACUUUGGUGAAUACGUGAACAGAAGUUAUAAUCCAAAAACUCGUCAAUUUACAUUAUUAAUAACUGAUGAACGAGUCCUUCCUAAAUCUAAAUAUAUAGGAAACACUUUUGUGAAGUUGGCUGCAGAGCCUCAGAAUGUCGAUUAUAAAAAAUGUUUCGUCCACAAAUUGGCUCCUCCAAUAAUUUCAGAAGUACAAUGCGUAUUCUUAAAUUCCACUAAUUUCGAUGAUGGGUUAAUAGAUUGCUAUUGUGAUGAGAAUUAUCAUAUAGUUGAAGAAACUAGUUUGUUUUGCCAUUACAGAAAAUCAUCUCAAGGAAUGGUACUUGCCGGUUAUGUAGCAAGUAGAGAUCCGAGUCACAUGUCAGUUAUAAAUUUAUCUGGAUUAAACAUUACGUUAAUGUACACUGAGUGGGAUUAAUAUAAGAGUACUGCGCACGAAUUUAUUGUCCUUCGAUAACAAUUUGAUUAUUUUCAAAAAAUGUGAUUAUAUUUUGCUGUAAAAGCUUGAUGCUAACUCUUGUAAAGUAAAUGAUUUUCAAAA